UCAGAUGAUGUGCAGGUCAACGGUUUAUAUUACGUAAACGCGAGCGCCGUAUAUAACUUGGUUCAGAAUACGUUUUAAUUUUUCUUAAACCUGUUUUUUUAAAGAAAAAGAUAUGUCAUAAUAAGAAUUCUACACUCGUGUCUCCAGCUUUCAUGUCAGUUAGUUACCAUGCAUUUUGCAUUUCGUUUACAAUUGUAUUCAUCUCGCGUUCGCUCCCACUGACGUAGCCAGGAUUUUAUAUUGGUGGGGGACCACAAGUGUCAUGGAGGAUCAACCACGUUGUUUUUGAGACUGUCAAAAGUGAUGGAUAUUGAGACAGGAAACCCGCUGCCGCCACUUCAUGGGCUACUGCACUAUCCAACAGACAUGCUAUUACAUACCACGGCCUUUGUUACAGCAGUUGUGGAACACUGGCUGGAAUGAAAAAUAACCCACCGACGGGGAUCGAUCGUGCAUCAGACGAGCACUGUAUCACUGAACUACGACCCGGCCCCACGUAAAUAGGGUGACAGACAAACAUAAACAAUGUAGCUGGGGGCAAAAAGAUGCAUGUAUGCUUGGGGAGAGCAUAAUCCCCCUUCCCGUCACCAGGCAACGCCAAAGUUUGCACCUUAGGUACGGUUUGAAGCAACCCGGAAGCUAAACGAUUUGGAUGAUGAUACAGACCUCUGGUACGGUGGAUUAUCAAGGCUCGGGAAUCGGUCGUACAGUAAUGUAGAUUGUUCGAGCUCAUCCAGUCAUCAUGAGUUUUGAGAGUCCAGACAACGAGAAACAUUUCCCUGGUCUGUACAAGGCUGGAGUUGUUCCCGACCAGCUGUCAGUGACGGAAGAUGACUACGAGAAGCAGUCGAAGAAGAAAGAGCUCGGUCUGGGUAAGAAGAAGGAUGGAAGAAGGGAUAAGAAGGAGAAAGGGUACACACAGUUUGAGGAGGAAGAGUCGGAAGAAGAGAUUGUACCGAUGGACGACAUCAAAAGUCCAUCAAAAGUAAAGAAAAGCAAACCAGGCUUUAAGUUCCCGGCAAGAAAAGAUAUUUUUGUCAAGAAAGAAAAGCAUGUGCCUGAAGAAAAGAAGGAGAAGGAACUUAAAAAGGAAGAAAAAGACAAGAAGAAGGAAGAAAAAGAUGGAAAGAAGCAAAAAGUCAAAGGCAGGAAGAAAGGAAAACAUAGAUUUUCUCUAACAGAACGGCCUGAACAGGAAACCGCAACAGUUGCCUCGCCUAUAUUUGGAAUCCCUCUGGCUCAAGCUGUGGAGAGAAAUCGCUGUCACGAUGGGAUAGAACUUCCGGCAAUCUUCCGAGAGUGUGUCGAUUAUAUAGAGGAGUAUGGUCUCUCGUGUGAAGGGAUAUAUCGAAUCUCUGGAGUGAAGUCUAAAGUACAGCACCUCAAGGACUGUUACAACAAGGGCGUUGUGGCACCCCUGGAGGAACAUGAACCCAAUGUGGUGGCGAGCCUGCUCAAACAGUUUCUACGGGAACUGCCUGAACCCGUCCUCACAACAGCGGCCAUGGCCAAGUUUGAAGAGGCGUCAACGAUAAAGAACAACAAGAAGAGAGUCGAACAGUUCCGGAAGCUGAUAGAUGAAUUACCGACGUGCAACCGUCUUCUUCUGUCGUGGAUGAUCGUCCAUAUGACGCACAUCAUUGAACUGCAAAAGGAGAACAAGAUGACCCUGCAGAAUGUGUCAAUCGUGCUGAGCCCGACGAUGCAGAUCAGUCACCGCGUGCUCAACGUGCUGUUCACAUACACCCACCAGAUUUUCUCGGAGGACCUGAUCAAGAGGUAUGUUCCUCCUCUGAAGCCGGCCACCUCUCGCUGGUCCCUGGAACUGCCAGACACCCCCGCGGCUGCUGAGGAAGAGCUGGCAAAACAGGAGUCUCUUCUGAGUCAGCUACACGAGGAGCUCAACGCAGGAGUCAAGGAUCCAGUCAAGGAGGAGCAGCUCUGGGAGGUGCAGAGGGUUGUCACGCAGCUCAAGAGAAAGAUCAAAUUUGCCAAGAAAGGUGUUGAUGUGAGAAGGAAAGACACAGAAGGCAAAAAGACUUCAGGAAACCUUGCAGAUGUCGAAGAACUGCAACUAACGCUCAGGGAAAUUCCUGCUACAAAGGACACAGAUACAGACGAGUCGAAACCUGUAAAACCUGCAGUGGAAAACAAGGAGAAGAAAUCGCCAAAAGUGAGAGAUCUGGCUUCAGGUGGUGAUACGAAACAGACUAAAGGACCAGCUCCACUGGCGCCACCUGGUGCUGAGGACAGAAGUCUUGGGUCUGGAGAUGAGAAGAAACCCGUAGACGAAGAAGUGCCGGAGUCUCAGACUGAAGUGAAGUCGAGUGAGCAGGAGGAUGGUGACGGGUUGAAAUCGGGGGAAGAGAAGACAGAGGAGGGGGAGGAGGACCUGCCUGAUGGAAAGACGGACAUGGCUGCCGAUGAUGACAAGGUGAAGAUGAAGAAGUCUAAACUGGUGGCAGAAGAUCAGACAAAAAAGCCAGAUGUACCAAUUAAAAAAGCAGACGUGCAUUUGAAGAAGGCAGAUGGACAAGUGACAAAGGCAGACAUACCAAUAACAAAAGCAGACGUACAAGUGACAAAGGGAGAUGGACAAGUGACAAAGGCAGAUGUACAAGUGACAAAGGCAGAUGUACAAGUGACAAAGGCAGAUGUACAAGUGACAAAGGCAGAUGUACAAGUGACAAAGACAGACGGACAAGUGACGAAGGCAGAUGUACAAGUGACAAAAGCGGACGUACAGUCAAAAGUAGCAGAUGUCAAAGUUGAUCAGGCCAAAGACAUGAAAGAAGCAGCGGGAAAAAAGGCCAAAAUGGCUGAACAGGAAGUCGAGGAAUCCCCGAAUGCAGUUGUGAAAGUGGAAGGAAUUCCAGUUCAUCCUCAUGUGCACCUGACAAGCGAGCUCCUUCAGCCAAUCAAAGCCGAGCCAGUGACGCCAAAAAAAGAGGAGACGGUUGACAGUUCGAUUCGUAAGUCUGACGAGCUCCGAGUAUUAGAGGAGGAACUUCUGGGAGAGAAGAAACCCGAAACGAAACAGGUCCAGUUCAGCGAGCGCACGAAGCAGACGCCAAACUUGAAGGUGGACAAGAAGAGUACGGCGUUCACCGUCCAGGCAGACGUACACAUAGACGGGCAGGAAGAUGUGCUGUGGGAUGUUGAUGAUGAGGAGACAAAAGCAUUAAUGGAGGAAUGUGAAGCACAGAAGAUGGAGGAAGAGGAACUCUUGGCUAUUGCUGAUGAACUGAGACAGAAGAUUGAGACUGAGGAGAGUGAGAUAGAGAGACUGCACCAGGAGAUUCAGGAACUGCAGUAUCUGAGGCAGGACUCUGACCUUGAGGACAUGAGUUCGUGUUCAGACAGCAGUGAUGAGAGCGAGGAUGAAGAAGAACUUCAGGACAUUCUACUCACACUGAAACAGGAGAAUGAAAUUUUAGAAAAACAGAAUUCAGAACUGUGUCAGAAGAUCCACGAGGAGCGGAUGAUCUGUCUGUCGGUGAAGCUGGAAAUCAGACUUCUACAGCAGCGACAGCUGGAGUCGUCUGCCAAUAGCAGCGGUGGGCAGGACAGGGAGACGUUUCUGUGAUUUGUGAAACCUUCCACACCCACCAGAGAUGUUUCUAGUGCAGUCACCUACCAAUAGCAGCGGUGGACAGGACCGGGAGACAUUUCUGUGAUGACAUGAAACCUUCAACACUGACCACAGAUGUUUCUAGUGCAGUCACUUGAUGAUAAAAAGGCAGAUUUUUUUCCAGAUGGUAAACAGUAAAAAGGAUGUACAGGGAAUAUUUUGUUUGUUCAAUAAGUAUGAUUCAAAGAUCGCUACACCAUUCUAAAAAAUUAAGCAGAACUUUAAAAUAUUAAAUACAAGUUCUUAAUCAUUGGAACUCCAUACCCUUAAAAAGAUGUUCUAGUGGAAACCCUCAAAAGGUCUGAAAGCUCUGUUAAAAAAAUGUCUUGUCGUCCUGGCGAUAAACGCCCAUUGCUACCUGUUGUUUAUGUCGCACAAUAUACAACAUAGUUUUUGGUGUCACAUGCAGAGCCGGUUUAUCCUAGUAGCACACGUAGCACGUGCUACAGGCCCUGCACUUCAGGGGGCCCCAUGGUGAUGUGUACCUUUAUUUUUGCCCAGGUUACUUUUCCCCCUUGCAAAAUAUAUAUACUGGGAAAGGGAGCCCCACUGUUAUUUGUGCUACAGGCCCCGUGGAUCCUGAAACCGGCUCUGGUCACAUGAUAUAUCAGCUGUGAGAAGGAGCAAUGUCAUGUUACAAAAAUUAAAUGCAGUGAAUUUUAUGUAAUAAUUACUGGAAUUAUAACGAUGAUUGCACUAGAGAAUAGUUCCAGGACUUGUCAGUUGAUCUUUCAGAUACUUGUGUCAGGAAAAUCAAUCAAUGGAGCUUGCUAAAUCUCACCGUCAUGAUAUCUUUUUCUUGAGACUCGUUUCAGGAAAAACCUCAAUGUAAAGACUCCUCAUCGAAACUAUUGUUCGUUGUCAUCCUUCACAAAUGGAGAACAGGGUUUUAGAUGUCAUUCCGUAAAUGUUUGCUGAAGAUGAUCCUGAUUAAAAUACUUCACAAUAAAUAAACAACAAUAAGCUGAAUUCAAGAUACAUUUACAUGUAUUUGUGUCACAUUUUUGGUAGCUAAUUAUUAUUAUUAUUGGGCUACAAAUUUGCUAACUAAAUUUGGCUCAUUAAUAACAAUAUUUGUUUAACCAUGAUCGUAAUAAUUGAUAGCUUUUGACUGAUGCACACAUAUACUGCUAUGCUGUUACUUUAUAUGCUCUUCCAUCUGAUGUAUAAACUAUGAAAAUGUCACUUGCAUCAUAAUCAAUAGUAGCUGUUGUUAAUUUUUGAGGCACAUACCUUUUUGGUAUCAUAUAAACUAUAUAUUUUCAGCUACUAUAAGCACCAGGCCUUGUGCUUAUAAAACCUUUAGUCUAGACUCGACACUCUAAUAGAGUCUGAGACACUAACGUCAUGACAACAAAUUGUAUAUGCAUUUGACAUCAUUAGAGAUUGAGUCUGGACUCUAAAUGUUUAUUAAGCAUGGACUCUGAGAUAGUAAUGUCAUGGCAACGUCAUAUAAAUGCAUGCGUGUGACAUCAUUUGAGAUGGAGUCUGGACUCCAAUGUUUUAUAAGUGCGUGCCCAGAUGUGUUGAAACAUGUUGGAUUCACCAGAAUCAAUAGUUUAAGGCAACACAUUUAAACAAAUGUGUAUGCUAACAGUAAAAAAAAAAAAAAACUGGUACAGUAAUAAGUGAAAAUGUAAAUAUGCAUUAAAAAAAUGUUUGUAAAGAAUACAUUAAAGGGACAUACCCUAGUUUUUACACACUUCAGCAUAUGUGUCACUAUUAGAGCCGUUUAUGAUCACUGAAAUCCAACA